AUGUCGUCACAGGAGAAUAAACACAAGUAUCGAGUAGAGAUACAGCAGAUGAUGUUUGUACUGGGAGAAUCUAACGAUGCUCCGGUAGAAACAACGUCAUUAAUUGAAGAUAUUGUACGAGGUCAAGUAAUUGAAAUACUUUUGCAAGCUACUAAAAGUGCUGGUGUUAGAGGAACCAAGUCGAUAGCACCUGAAGAUGUUAUAUUUUUGAUGAGACAUGAUAAAGCUAAGGUGAAUAGAUUGAGAACUUAUCUUUCUUGGAAGGACGUUCGUAAGAAUGCUAAAGAUCAAGAAGGAGGAGGAACCGAGUCAUUGAUGGAAGGUGAUGCUAGUGGCGGGGCAACUGGUGCACCAGCAGUACAAGCUACUGAUUCUAAGAUGUUAACUAAAUAUAAAAAGCUGAAAAUCAGACUUCCAUGGGAGCUUCAAUUCAUGUUUUCGGAGCAGCAUCUCGAAGCAGCAGAGGAAUCAGAACAAGUUGACGACGAUGAAAAAGCAGCGACAAUGGCUUCAUUGAAGAGGUUGAAGAUGGCCGAUGAUAGAACUAAAAAUAUGACUAAGGAAGAGUAUGUGCAUUGGUCUGAAUGCCGUCAGGCAUCAUUUACAUUCAGGAAAGCGAAAAGGUUUAGAGAAUGGGCUCAAAUUACCCAGUUGUGUGAUUCCAGACCAAAUGAUGAUGUUGUAGAUAUUUUAGGGUUUUUGACGUUUGAGAUUGUUUGUUCCUUGACGGAAGAAGCAAUGCAGAUUAAAAGCGCAGAAGAAAAAUUGAUCCAGCAACUGAUAGUUAAAGCAGGAAACUUAAACAAAGAAUUGAACAAGAGGAAGAGAAAAUAUCUUUUUGAUAAACCUGAUGAAUUAGCUAAGCCUAUUAUGCCAUAUCAUAUAGAAGAGGCAUGGAGAAGAUUACAAUCAACGGAUUUUAAGCAUAAGGCUGCCAGGUCUUUUGGUGGUGGACUUGUCAAAACUAGAACUAGAUUUAUCUAA